GGGUUGUGCUCAACUUCAAACCCAAGCCUGGCAUCAAACAGCGAGCCCUCAGAUAAACCAAACAAACAGACGGGGGAUCGCACAGAGGGAGUCGGUCCUGGAAGCCCAUUUCAAAACGGAAUAACAACACAACCAGAUCUCGACGCCUUGCACUUUUGCAAACUCUUUGCAUUUCCACAUUUUAAUGAGCCUCUAUCUUGCAUGCAAUUGUAUCGACAUGUGAGGUUAUUGUCAUAUGAUCAUAAUGACCUGUUUGUAGCGCUAGUGUCCGCCCUGUGGUUGCGCUUUGAUGUAGGCCGAUCAGAGAUCAGAUUACAUGCUUUAGAUCGCAGCCAUCCCCUGCCUUUGAUCUCCGCGCUGAUUUUGUCCUCAAUCCGGGGAUUCGUCUGGACUGGAGUAGCGCAGUUGAGCAGCGAGCACAUCGCAUGGCUGGAAUGGUCUGGAUACCUAUGCAGAACGCACAGGAGUGGAUAUCUGUCUGAAACUACACUCAUUCAGCAAGGGAAAGGACAACUAAAGAACCCAUCAGACUACAGCAGCACAUACCAGUCAUUCUGCAGUAGCCUCUCAAAAUGGCCUGGAUGCUUGGGCACACCUGGUUACUUCUACUGACGUUACAUGUAAUAUACUCAUCUCUGGUUCCUGUAACAGCGGAGGAGGAGACCAGAGAAUGCAGGGAACAGGAGUACAAGGAUCAGCUUGGGAACUGUAAACCCUGCAAGCAGUGCGACGCCGGGCAGGAGCUAUCAAAGGAAUGUGGCUUUGGUUACGGAGAGGAUGCCCGGUGCGUGCCCUGCAGAAGCAACCGCUUCAAAGAGGACUGGAGCCUGCAGAAGUGCAAGCCCUGCCUGGACUGUGGCCUGAACAACCGCUUCCAGAAGGGCAACUGUUCCACCACCAGCAAUGCCGUGUGCGGAGACUGUCUGCCUGGGUUUUACAGGAAAACUAAGCUGAGCGGAUUCCAAGAUAUGGAGUGCAUACCAUGUGGGGACCCUCCUCCUCCAUAUGAGCCACACUGCAGCGGGCGGGUAAACCUGGUGGCCAUCCCCCCGGUGGUGACCAGCCCUCGGGACAUGGCCCUGGCAGCGGUCAUCUGCAGCGCUCUGGCCACCGUGCUGCUGGCCCUGCUCAUCCUCUGUGUCAUCUACUUCAAGAGACAGCUGCUGGAGAAGAAGCCCAGCGCAUCUCAAAGGUCCCAGGACGGUCCAUACAGUGGGGCUGAGUUGUCGUGCCUGGACCGACGGAGGCUCCAUGACUUCCCUCAGCGCCCAUGCUGCCAGUGUCACCAGGGGCCAGGCCACACCUGUGGCCCAGUGCACCUGAUCCCCUCCCUGUGCUGUGAUGAAAGCUGCAGUUUGGGCUGGAGCAGAGACACCAGCCCCUUCCAGUCACAGAUCAGCCUCAACGAGGGAUGCGGCGUGAAUCCCUGUGAGGAGAACGUCCUGGCCUAUCUGAAAGCCCAUCCAGAGCCCUGCAUCUCCAGAGAGGCCGACGAGACAUGGCCGCUCAUGCAGAACCCCGACUGUGCCGAGAGCUUGGGACCGCCCAGCUGCAACCGAGAACCAACAGAGAGGAGCGAUGUGGAGGAAGAGGGUGAAGAGGACAAGGAAGAAGAGGAGGAGGGGGGCAGGUCAAGUGAGGACACACAGGAGAAGUCAAAUGAACAGGCUAGACAGAGCCAGGAGAAGACUGGUGCCCUGACAGAGGUCCUCCUUCCAAAGCAGCAGCCAUCUUCACUGGAAGGAUGACAUGGAUUUAUUUGGCUCGUGUUCCACCCUUGAACCGCCCUGGACCUGAAAACAGUCCAGAAAGAUCCCGUUUCAGAUUACACUAGCCCACACACCAAUUCCCAAAAAGUGUGUGGCACACAAUCUCUUUCAAGCGGCUUGUGACCCACGGCCUUCCGUCACACAUCUGAAGGGACUAUGUACAGUUCUGUGAAAAAGUAUUUGGGACCCUUUCUAAUUUUCUCUACUUUUGCAUAUUUUUGAUACUAAAUGUUAUCAGAUC